AUGGACGUCCUUAAGCUCCUCACGCGAUCCACAAAAUAUUCGAAAGCAAAUUCCCAUCAAACUAGUGCCUCGAAAACCCCAUCAAGCGGCCAGACGAACAACCCGCAACUCUUCGCGAGCCAUGCGCCAAAAUGUGACGAAUCCGAGCCACCUCGCAAAAAGAGAAAGGCAGAAAACGGCGACGGUGAUCUUCCGCAGGAGCUAAAUUUCUUCGCCGAACCGCUGCAGGCAGCAGCAAAAGGCGACGGUGACGGCAGAAACAGGCAAGGCGGAGCAGGAAAGUCUAAGAAAGAGACCAAAUUCUCUACAGACAAAAUCCAGGAGACUACCGAUGGAGUUGGUACAGACAAGCCAGUAUUGGGUGAGGAAGAAUGCAAAAAGAUCCUGCGCACCCACAAAAUUAAGAUAACCGUGUUGGAAAAUCUGCAGGCAGACCUUGUCACCAAAAAGCGCGAGAAACAUAGCAAGAAAAAGAAGCGUAGCAACGCUGAGGAGGCGCCUGUGAAGAAGAAAACAGAAAUAUAUCCCCAGCCGUUGCAGGAUUUUGAGCAUUUGCGGACACGUUAUGGCGUACACGGGCGCAUUGUGAGAAAUAUCAGGCAGCAAGCGUACACCAUACCUACAGAGGUUCAGCUCGGCUCUUUGCCUCUCCUCCUGAGCUCCUCGACCGAUCUGGAAGAUUCUGUCUGGGAAACGCCCAAUCUCCUCGCGGUGGCCCCAACAGGCAGUGGUAAAACCCUUGCAUUCCUCAUACCUGUAGUUGAUUCAAUUGCAAAGCUCAAGGCAUCUUCGAACGAUGAAACCCUUGCCGACGGGGAUGAUGUCACGCCCAGAGCUAUUGUGGUCGCGCCUACAAAGGAACUGGCUUCACAAAUUGUGAACGAAGGCAGAAAGCUCAGCCAGGGAACCAAAGUCAAGUUUGCGCUUAUGCGCAAAGGCAUGGAGGUUGUCGAACGAACCGAGCCCGCAACUACAAGUGACGACCGCACAUCCGAUGAUGAUAGUGAUAGUAGUGUAGUGGAGCCUAAUGAGACUACAGGGCCUGCAAAAACGAGAAAAAGGGGACAACUGGUCAAGGCCGAUAUCCUUGUAUCGACACCGCUGGCCUUGGUGAAUGCAUUGACUGAUACUACUGGGACUACGCUGCCCCUUCGCGGUGCAAGGUAUCUUAUCCUCGAUGAGGCUGACGUCCUCCUAGACCCUUUGUUUCGAGAACAGACACUAUCGAUCUGGAAGAGCUGUACUUCUCCAUCUCUUCGUGUCAGCCUCUGGUCAGCAACGAUGGGUUCAAAUGUCGAGUCGCUUGUAGUGUCUACAAUCACUUCGCAAAGAAAGGCAGUCGAACUGUCAAUGAAGCAGACUUCGAUGGGCUCAAGCAGACCUCGACGAGCUCCUAUUGUCCGUCUGGUCAUAGGAUUGAAAGAUACUGCCGUGCCCAACAUAACUCACAAACUCGUAUACUGUGCUACGGAACCCGGAAAGUUGUUGGCCGUCCGUCAACUUCUUCGGCCUACCUCGUCGACCGACUCUGCAUUACGUCCGCCGUUCCUUAUCUUCACCCAGACGAUUCCCCGUGCACUUGCGCUUCACGCGGAACUUCAAUAUGAUAUACCUCCUGAAGCAGGUGGUUCCGCACGGAUCGCUGUACUGCACUCCAGCCUUUCCGAAACCAUACGCGCAAAUACACUAGCUCGAUUUCGCAAGGGUGAGGUAUGGGUGCUUGUCACAACGGACCUGCUUGCUCGGGGUGUUGACUUCAAGGGCUUAAAUGGCGUGGUCAAUUAUGAUGCUCCUGCCAGUGCUGCGACCUAUGUGCACCGUGUCGGACGCACUGGUCGUGCUGGUCGUGACGGGGGUAUAGCAGUGACGCUUUGGGCUAAAGAGGAUGUGCCGCAUAUGAAAAGCAUCACGAACGUGAUUGCAGCCGCAGAAAAAUUGCGCGGAAAGGAAGGUGUCCCUAGUGAAGAUCUAGUUGGCGAUAUAAAGAGCCAACAAUGGCUGUUCGAUAGUCUACCCACGCCCAGCAAAAACGAGAAGAAGUCGCUUAAAAAAAGAGGCGUGGAAGCCAGGAGACCGGGAGCAAAAUUAGCCAAGGGUGUCGGUAAAAUCAGCACAAAGGUCGAAGCCAGAAAGCGUAAGAAGAGUCAAUCAAAAGGUGCAGGUGGUGAUGACGUCGACUCGGAUGAAUUUAGCAGUUGA